AUUGGAACUUAGAUCUUCAAAAUAUGAAAUUACCCACUGCUAGUUGUAGGUGUUUCAACCACUGCUUAUAGAAGGCUCCCCGAGUCCACGGACUGGCCGCUCUGAACAUCAUCAUCACCUACUUCUAAAGCAGAGCAUACACCUAGACCUACAAGGGUACAUGCUAAGUUAUAAGUCAAGAUAGUGAUAGUAUCUUCAUACGACUUGCGCCUCUCACCAGCUACGACUACAACUCACGACCAGCACAUCAAAAUGAGUGUAGGGGCAUCAGGUUCUCGGGACAAGACGCCUAUGCGCAGUGCAGGCAGAAAGAAGUCGCUUCCCAAGUCCACCCCACGUCUAGUGCACAGAGCAAAAAGCGUCACUGCUUCAGCAUUAAGGCUACUGCUUCGUCCCCAUAUAAGUAAUUGUUUAUCUUGAGAGGAAGCAUCUUUGACGGGCUGUUCAUGCUUCCAGCGGGAGGAAAACUAUGGUCAAAGAUAUUUGUAAGUCUACGCAAGUAAGUACCUCAAAGUAAAUGCGAAUCAAUAUGGGUAGGACUUCUCAAGGUCUAAAAACUACAGCGGGACCGUUUUUGCCGAAGACCUUCUUCGUAUGGAUGUUUUUAUGCAAUCUAGCCUCCGCUUGCUGGCAAACCCUUUACUAUGCAGGAUUCGUUAGCGACAUGAUUGUGCCAGAGGUGGUGAUUGCCACUAUAAAGAUGCUGCUGGAAACCGUCUAUGGGGACUUGAGGACAGAUUUAUGUCUGAAACAAAGCAUGAGUUCUCUGUGUUUGGUAAGAGAGAGUGCGUGGUACGAUAGCUUUGAAGAACUUCAACUUCUUUCAAGAUCUAAGUCGGAUGACUAUAGUUGAACAUGUUAAUUAAUUGUUUGAAAGGGCGGCGGCGUAGAGUCCUAACGCAAAAAAAUGAAAUCUACGGUUGCUAGGAACAGGACGUACCAUCAGGGAUUAUACACACAUAUGAGACAUUGUGACUAGCAGACAUUGAAACACUUCUGGGAAGAUAUCUCCCCUCUCGCAUACCACACCUCUAACUUCCAGGCUGGACUUGAUUGCGCAUCAUAUAGUGUUUUACCUUGCGGCGAUCCUUUGCCUACGGUGGUGGACGCCAUUCGGUUUGGAUGGGAGUGCGUAUUUGAACUUUUGUGAUUGGACACAGCAACAUACAAUGUGUGACGGUUCUUUCAAAUAAUAUCUUCAUAUGCACUUGUUCUGCCUUCGAAGGUGAGACCUCUGGGGCUGACAGGACCACGACAGCGCCAGCGCUUAUUUAGUAGUAGAUAAGCACUUGCCUGACUUUUCUUUUUUCGGUUUUUGUUUUUUCUAGUUAGGUACGCUCCACCAACUUCAUAAGCACUUGUUCUAGGGUAGUAACUUCUUUCAUACAUCACUUGAGCCUGCAGUUCUUUUCUUCAACGUCAACGCCUGCAAUUCUUUCAUACCAGGUACACACCAGCUUUCGUUCAUGGCCUAUGCAUUCACUACGCCAUGGUUUUUGCGAGCAUCAGGAAGAUCUGCGCCUUCGCGCCACCUCAAUCUGAAGACGGAACCUGGGUAACACGGACACUACAAGACCUGUUCCCUACUGCUGAGGAACGGAGACAAUUGGAUACUGUGUGUUGCCGGGUAUUAAGGCUACAACUGGUGGGACGAGGAUCACAUCAAUCUACCUAGCUAUCGCAAUCACCGAUUAGUAUUGUCGAAUUUCCUGAAAUAAAAGGGAUGCAGCUAGUACCUAGUGAUGAAAAGUGGCGCGUUGUUGUCUUAUUUUUCAAUCUCUAAGAUCCCUCUUAGCAGUGUGGCUUCCGAUUGCGUCGUGGCGCAGUCUAGGUUUGUUCUUCGAGGGAUGCGGCUUCGACGUUUUCUCAUCAAGUUACGAAGACUGGUGACUAAGUUAGAUGUACUUGAAACAGGAUCUUCCAGAACCUAAGAUCUGUAACCACAUUUUUCACACCAACCAAAUGCUACGUAAAUAACAUAAUGAUAAUAGAUUGUUGUAGUUCCCCCUGUUAAGUACCCCUACCCAAAAUAAACUCUCACAUGUUACUUUCAUCCCACCGCAACUAGAGGUCAAGCAUCCGAGUGGCUCCUCUUGCUAUUUGGCGUGGUUUUCUUGGUACUCGAUUUGAAGUGGACACGCUGGGACCUGUAUCGCGACGUGUUGUUCGGCAAGGUCGUUCGACGCAGUAUCUACCCUGGUCGAUGGUGGAGGCCUUAGGUUCACUGAAGACUGAGAGGAUAUAAUUAUAGACUUAUAAAAUAUAUUCCAUGCCCUGUAGUUCUCGUCAACAUGAGCAUGAUGUGCAAAAAAAAAGAGAAUGCAGAAACAUAACGAGCUCUCCAUGGUUAAUGUUUUCGAGCUACUAGAGAUACAUAAUCUAGCUACUUAUUAGCUUCUAGUGUUCAUUUCUUAUCUGUUGUCAUCUUCUUGGAAAUUGGGAUAUACGAGUGAAUGCAUAGAAGGAAACCACUCCACAAUUCUUGUAAAAAAAUGUUGUUGUUUUAACCAAGGUUUCUAGCGACCUUGAUGAUGUAAAAUACAUUUUCCGUCUACACAACAUACGUAGAUGUCGUAAACUUUGGAGGACGUAGACGUUGAUGGGAAGGAUCUUGUGCAAGGUGGACGUGAAGAACAAAGCGCAGGAAUCCAUCUUCUUAUCUUGCUGGUACUUACAUUAAGGCUCAGCUUUCAAUGGUCACCAUUGAGAUUGGGGUCACUGAGAUCGAAGAAGUAACCUCCCCUUGAGAGGAGAACAGGGGAAAAGGAAGUUAAAGGGGAGAGCUUUGGAGGGGGUCUCUUCCGUUCAGCAUCGCUGACCAUUGAGUGCUGAGCUUUAAUUACACGAGAAAGAAAGAAGAUACUUUUUAUGUAGAAUUUUUAGAGAAGC